AUUAGUUUAAAUAUAAUCAAUAGUUUUUGUUUAUUAAUUUCUUUUCUUUUGUGUUACUCUAUUAGCUUUGGAAUCAAAUUUAUUCAAUAAAAUGUCUUCGCUAAUAUCUUCAAUGAAAAGUUCAAAUAUAAUAAUAUUGUCGGGACUGGCCUUCUGUGCCAUUAGUGGUGCUCUGCUUUAUGUGGUGCGACACCAGACACGACGCCAUUAUCUAAAUGCCGCCAAAAUUGUUAAGAUAAUUAUAUAUCCGGUUAAAUCUCUCCCUGGCAUUGAAGUGAAUGAGGCCACUGUCACCAAAAGUGGUCUCAAAUGUGGACUCUUUAGAGAUAGGUCCUGGGUAUUAGUCAACGAAGAGAAUCGCUUCGUAACACAAAGAACUGAGGAAUCAUUAGCUCUGUUGAGACAAAGUCUUCACGACAAUGAGCUUUGGAUUGAUGGCCCGAAUAUGCCAACACUUAAGCUGACAGUCAAAUUCAACAAAUCUGCCAAUGAUAUUAUUGCAUUUCAAGACGGGUCCGCUCUUCUGGUUAUAAAUCAGAAUUCAAUCAAUGAUUUAAAUGAAAGGCUUCCCAAUGAGACUAAAGUGAGUCACAAAAACUUUAGACCAAAUAUAUUGAUCACCGAUUGUGAGGCCUUUGAAGAGGACAACUGGAAGUACGUUAAGAUUAGAGACAUUGACUUCACUUUCUUGAAGCCGUGUGACAGAUGUGUAUUGACUACAAUAAAUCCCGACACCGGU